AUGAAUCAUUGCCUUCAUCAAUUGAGAAAUGUCGAAUUGGAAUAUAAAGAUGAUAAUGUGAGAAUAAAUAUACGUCAAAAUUCUUUCGAUGCACCACAAUAUUUGACCAGGAAAAUAGAACAUUUAAUUCAUGAAUUAGCUUUUCAAGCGACAAUGAUUGUUUUUCAGUGUCUCGAUAAUGCUCAUACAUUGAUAACCGAUCAAAAAUCACAAUUAACAAUGAUUGCUCAAAGAUACAAUUGUCAAAUCGAUUUCAUCGAUGUGAAAGUUCAAAAUGAAAUUAUAACUUUACCAAAAAGUAUAAAUUCAUCAACAAUAGAAUUAACACCGAAAUAUUUAAUUGAACAAUCGAAUCAAUUCUAUUCAAGUAUAGGAAUUUUGAAGAAAAUAUCUAUUUCAAAUUUCGAAAUCGAAAUUCAUCGAACAGAGAAUAAUCAACUACCAAAAAUAGAUAUUCUAAUUAUUUCAGCGGUUAAAGAUGCGAUAAAAGAAAGUAUUGAUCUAACAAGUCGCAGUCUAUAUUUUGAAAAUGAUAUUGGUAGAAGAAUUUUAUUUAUUCCAUGGAUGCUAUUAACUGUAUCAGAUGUAGAUGUAAAUCAGACGAAUAGUCAUCUUAGAAAAUCAAUAAAUGAUUUUAUUUCGACAACAUUGAAACAAGUGAGAGCAUUUUGCAAAGAUCAUGUCAUUACUAUUUGUUUUUCAACAACCGAUUGGGAAAAUUUUUCUUCGUUUGAAGAACAAUUUGCUAAUGAAAUAUUUAAUUCAUUGAAAAUUGAACUUGAAACAAGUGAAUAUUCAAAUUAUAAAUGCAAAAUUCUUUUUACUUUCGAUGAUCAACAAAUUGAUCUCUACAAUCGAUUUUCACAAGCAAUAUCAUCCGUACAAACAAAUAGCAAUACUGAUGAACAAUUCUAUUAUCCAAUAGCAAGUAUGUCAUUUAUGUUUUCAAUUGCAAGUUUCCUGAAGUUAGAGAAUAUGAAUUUCAUAUUGUAG